UCCCAGAAUCUGGCGAUCGCUUUUUGUUCUCUCUUCCUCUGGACGCCUGCGGGUGAGUGAGUGGGGGAAGAUGUUGCAGCUCGGAGGGAAGAGGUUGCUGGGGUUGGCGGCGGAAGGGACCGCCUCUCCGGGGGCUGCCGCCGUGGCUUUGUUGGCAAGGAGGCGUUAUCAUGAGCGGGUGGUUGAUCAUUACAAUAAUCCACGCAACGUCGGCGCCUUCGACAAGAACGAUCCCUCCGUCGGCACAGGGCUAGUCGGCGCGCCGGCGUGCGGCGACGUGAUGAAGCUCCAGAUCAGGGUCGACCAGGAGUCGGGGAAGAUCGUCGACGCCUGCUUCAAGACGUUCGGGUGCGGUUCUGCGAUUGCCUCUUCCUCGUUGGCCACCGAAUGGGUUAAGGGAAAGCAGAUGGAGGAAGCCUUGACCAUAAAAAAUACUGAGAUUGCAAAACAUCUCUCUCUUCCACCUGUGAAGCUCCAUUGCAGCAUGCUUGCUGAGGAUGCUAUAAAAGCAGCCGUGAAAGAUUAUGAAAGAAAGCGGGCUAAUUCUCAGGCAGAGGCUGAAGGGCAUGUGAAAGCUACUGAAGUGUAAAGGUCCAUGUAAAAUCCCAUGUAUUUUGAAGUUGAUGUACAGAACGAUCCCUUAUCACCCUAUGGACUUUUACAUGAUAAGGCAGAUGGUUUAUUGACUCUGCUGGAGGCUUCUGAAUGUAUCAUAUAAUGGGCAGUUGUUUUCUCAACGUGACAGUUCAUCUACGUUUCUCUUGUUUUACUGCUCAUACUAUCUAUUGCAUAAUAAUAUUAUGAAAAAUCUCUCUCUCUCA